AUGACAGAUGAAGGUUGUUCUGCUGUGACUUCAGCUCUGAAAUCAAACCCAUCACACCUGAGAGAACUGAACCUGAACUGGAAUAAACUAGGAGACUCUGGAGUGAAAAACCUCAGUGAUCUACUGAUGAACACACAAUUCAAGCUGGAGAAACUAGAUCUGUGUGGAUGCAGUAUUACAGAGAAACAGUGUCUCAUCCUGACUUCAGCUCUGAAAUCAAACCCAUCACACCUGAGAGAACUGAACCUGAGCUGGAAUGAACUAGGAGACUCUGGAGUGAAAAACCUCAGUGAUCUACUGAUGAACACACAAUUCAAGCUGGAGAAACUAGAUCUGUGUUAUUGCAGUAUUACAGAGGAACAGUGUCUCAUCCUGACUUCAGCUCUGAAAUCAAACCCAUCACACCUGAGAGAACUGAACCUGAGCUGGAAUAAACUAGGAGACUCUGGAGUGAAAAACCUCAGUGAUCUACUGAUGAACACACAAUUCAAGCUGGAGAAACUAGAUCUGUGUGAAUGCAGUAUUACAGAGAAACAGUGUCUCAUCCUGACUUCAGCUCUGAAAUCAAACCCAUCACACCUGAGAGAACUGAACCUGAGCUGGAAUAAACUAGGAGACUCUGGAGUGAAAAACCUCAGUGAUCUACUGAUGAACACACAAUUCAAGCUGGAGAAACUACAUCUGUGUGAUUGCAGUAUUACAGAGAAACAGUGUCUCAUCCUGACUUCAGCUCUGAAAUCAAACCCAUCACACCUGAGAGAACUGAACCUGAGCUGGAAUCAAAUAAAAAACACAGGAGUGAAUCACUUAUGUGACGUACUGAAGGAUUCACACUGUAAACUGGAGAGAUUGAGUCUUCAUUCCUGUGGAAUUACAGAUGUUUCUUCUUUAACUCAGUGUUUGACAAACACAAAAGCACUGCAGUUUCUAAAAGAGCUUAAUCUGAGUAAGAAUAUGAUUGGAGACUCAAAGCAGCAGCUCAUUGAUGUGCUACGAGACUCAAACUGUAAACUGAGUGUAGAUACAGAUCCAUCACCAAAAGUCCCUGGUAGUUCAAUUGCAAGAAAUAUGUGGAGUUUAAUCACCAAAAGAUGAUAAAUGCUGUAUAUCAUAAUGAAGUGGUCUUGAGAGGAGCAGUAAACAUCAGGUGAGGAUCCACAGAAGAGCUUCACUACUGUGUCUAUGAGGAGAAAGAAAUGUGUGAUAAAUGUGUGAAUGUGAUCCAUACAGGUGAAGAGACUCAGACUUUACAAUCAAAUAAUGCAGCAUGUGUGUUAGAAACAUGUGAUAUUGAAUGAUUAAUGUUGCUUUAGUAUUCAAGUGAUCAUUUUGUUUAAUUUAAAGCUGGAACAGAGGAGGAAGAAGCUCAGAUGAGUCUGUCUGGCUCUUCAGUUUAAUAAUAUUUGUAUUAAAAUCAUCCAUAAUGAUUCAAAUGUUUCUAA